CAACCAUGGCGGAUUCUGCCGUGUCUUCGGGAAUUCGGGGGUUAGAAACCCUUUUUGCAACGUGUCAGCACGUAUUAAAGUCUCAAAAUGAUGCGCUGAUAUGUUUCUUUCAUUCGUUUCUUAUAUCUAAAGGCCUGAAAUGUGUGGGACAUGGCGAAGAUGGCCCGAAUGUUAAGAAAACAGAAUUGCUCCCUGAUGGUUGGAACAACUGCCAAGAUGUGUAUAUUUUGAGAUACGAAGCUGAAGACUGUGGGAAGUAUGUCCUGAAGGUUGUGAAAAUGGACAAUGCCCUCUUGGUUCAUUUGCUGCGUGCAAAAGAUGAACAUAUGACAAGUUUGAAUGUAAAGGCUAGCGAUUAUACCACUGGCGAUUAUGCUUCUUACGAAAGUGCCUUCAAAAACUCCAGCGACCUUGAAAAGAAACUCAAAACAGAAAUAUGGGCAGAAAUGGUGACACCCCAAGGUCAAUCGAGUUCAAGGGCACAAGGGAAUAGGUCAAGGCCAGAGGGAAGGUCAGAUGACCCUUUGCGGGCUGGACCAGUAAGGGGAGGAAAUCCUAUGCCUCCUGAUUGGGUUGAACAAGGUGAUCCAUUCUCAGUUGGUAGAGGCGACCUCGACCCCUUUGGAGGUCAUCCCGGGGGCAUGUUGGUGGACCCCAUGCGGCAGGGCAGACAUCCUGGGAUGGGCUUUGAUCCCAGCGCUGGCUUACCAGGAAGUGGAAGACUACCGAGGGGAGCUGUUCCACCAGGUGCUCGAUUUGAUCCGUUUGGGCCACCUGGCCUCGGCCGUGGGGGUCCUGGUCGCCCUGGGCCUGACCCGGACCAUAUGAGGCCACCAGACUAUGAUGAUAUGUUUAUGUGAUAUCCUGAUUCAAUAGUUGGCAGGAACACAGCCAAAGCAUCCUAAAACACUCGCCUCACUCAAGUGAAGAUUGGGAGAUAUGCAAUUGAGGCAGUCGGAGCUAAAACUUCAGAAGCAACAUACAGUGGAACUUCUCUUUGUGGACACCUCUCUAUUAAGGACAAUCUCUCUAUUAAGGACACUAGAUUUGAUCCAAAGUUGGUUCUUUCCAUCAAUUUGACCUCUUUAUUAAGGACAGCACUUCUCAGUCCCAAGGGUGUCCUUUUUAGAGAGGUUUUACUGUAUUUAUCAAUUUGAUGCAUGUUUUGCGUGUUGUCAGCGGAGGUGUCUGGAGCAACCAUCCUUCAGAUGUCUGUGAUGGAGAUUGGAAUAAAUGGCUGCUCUCCAGCUUAAUCUUGAUUAUAAACACUUAAGUAAGUCUUGCUAAACAUGCAAAUUAUCACUCAAGUGUUUAUAAUCAAGAUUAAGCUUGAAAAAGUCUUGAUAUUAGUGAACUAGGCCGAGUUUGAUUCUAAGUGAUUACUGGUACAAACGUGGUUAGUGCCUUUGCACUAUUCGACAGUAGAGACUCCUAUUGACAACUUCUUGUAACUUAAUCUGGGCAACCAGGCCCCCUGCUUUUCGAUUCCUUUGAAUAAAAAUAAUGUGCCUGCUGGAUAUCUGUCAAUAGGCUUUUUAAGAAGAAGUAGAUUCGAGCUGCAUCACUCUGUUUAUGUUGUAUGGUAUCAUUAUUUUAAAUAAAAUUGUUAUAGAAAUUGA